AUGAGUGAUAUUAGUGAUUAAGAACCAGAAAACUCAGAAUUUGAUGAUAAUUCAUAAAGUCAUUCAAUUGGAGGAGAAGAACUCGAACCUGAAGUCUCUGGCAUAACCUCAAGUGAUGUAGAUUCAAAAGAAAGACAGUCUGUGACAUCAGAAUCUGAUUCAGAGGAGGAAUAAUAGAUUGUGAGAUCAGGGGCACCACUUUCUCAAAGCAGAGGAAAAAAAGUAAAUAAAGAUGAAAGAAUUACUCCACCAUUUUUGACAAAAUAUGAAAGAGCUAGAGUAAUUGGUACAAGGGCACUUCAAAUUAGUAAAAAUAGUCCUAUUUAUGUUGAUCCAAAGGAAACAACAGAUCCAAUUUUGGUUGCUUAGCAAGAACUUAAUGAAAAUAAAAUUCCAUUCAUUAUAAGAAGGUAUUGGCCCAAUGGAAACUUUGAGGAUUGGGAAUUAUAGGAAUUGGAGCGUUUAGAUUGAUUUAUAAUACUCAGAAUAUUAAAUUAAUGA